GGAGUGCACAAGCAGCCGAGAGAAAAAAAAGGGACACACGCAGCGAGGAGAAGAGGAGAAAGAGAGGAUUGGAAUAAAAGAGAAAAGAAGGAGAGAGAAGAGCUGCACAGCGAGAAGCAAGGUUGUCCUCUGGUCUGUAACAUCCCCUUCAAGCCGCCGCCAUGGGUGAGGUAGAACAAAUGAAAAAAGAGGCUGAGACCCUCAGAGCUCAGAUUGAGACCGCCCGCAAAGCAGUGGCCGACGCAACCAUGGAGUCGGCCUCCUCUGGGGUGGCCCCUGCUCCUCGCAUCCAACCCCGCGCCAGACGGACCCUCAAAGGCCACACAGCCAAAAUCUACGCCCUGUACUGGGCCCUCGACAACAAGCUGAUGAUCAGUGGCUCACAGGAUGGCAAGCUGAUCGUUUGGGACACCCAUGCUGGAAACCUGUUCAACUGCAUACCUCUCAAAUCUGCGUGGGUCAUGACUGUCUCCUUCUCCCCCUCUGCGGGUCUGGUGGCUAGUGGUGGUCUCGACAACAUGUGCACAAUCUUCAACAUCUCAGGGGAAAAGCCAAAAACCCUGAGGGAAUUGGAUGGUCAUGAUGGUUAUCUGGCCUGUGCCCGCUUCCUGAAUGAAACUGAGAUCCUUACUGCUUCUGGUGACCAGACCUGUGGUCUUUGGGAUCUGGAGACUGGCAAACAGAAGGUACAGUUCCUGAACCAUGUGGGAGACUGCAUGUGCCUGGCACUCUCUCCUGAUCAGAACCAAUUCAUCUCUGGGGCCUGUGACGGCCUUGCCAAGCUUUGGGAUGUCAGGGAUGGACAGUGCAGGCAGACUUUCCAGGGCCACACCAGUGACGUCAACACCAUUGCGUACUUCCCAAAUGCAAAUGCUGUGAUCACGGGCUCGGACGACUGUACCCUGAGGAUGUUUGACUUCCGCGCUGACCAGGAAGUCAUGAUCUACCAGAACGCCCAGCCAACUGCCGGUGUGACAUCACUCGCCCUGUCCCUGUCUGGACGUCUCCUCUUUGCCGGCUACGAUGACUUCAACUGCAACAUCUGGGAUUCUCUGAAGGGCGAGAAAGUUGGUGUGCUGGCUGGACAUGACAACAGAGUGAGCUGCGUUGGCAUCCCCAGUGACGGCCUGGCGGUCAGCACCGGGUCCUGGGACAGCUUCCUGAAGAUCUGGAACUGAGCUGGCCGCUCAGCCUUUCGCAGAGGAGCUCAAGAAGGAGGGAGUGAAGAGGAAGACAAACAGGGACACAGCUAGUGUAGGAGGACAGCGAGCGAGAUGAAUGAGUGAGAGUGAGGCUGGUGCGUGGAUGUGUGGGGGAGGGAGCAGAGAGUUGGAGGCCAUUGCACAUUUUGUUAUCAGGGAGAAAGACAGGAGGGCUUUGUUUUUUUUUCGUACCAGACUAGUCUUCUCUUACUUUGACUCGCUCACUUGUUCAUUCUCUCUUCUCUCCUCCUUCUUUGUUACAACUUUGAAGGCAAAAGGCAAAGACUCCAUAGAAUGUAUAAGAUGGCAUUCCUACCACCUCAUAAUGCACCAUGGAAGAUA